AUGCCUGCAGACUACCAGUCCACCGUUAGGGCGCUAUCUCUGUCGCCUACAUCUCCUGAUCCUAUACCUUCUUCUCCUAGCAGCGAUGUUCAUCCACCUUGGAGUCGCGCAGGGCGCAAUUCGGGCAGGUCCAAUGCUCAGCCUGCAAGCGCUUGGGGCCAAAUUGUCCAUCGCGGAACAGAGCUGUAUCAUCGUAUGAACACAAUCUGGGAAGAGAUGACUCUGCCGAAGAAGAUUCUCACCGUUAUCGCAUCUUUGUUUGUCGGCGCAUCGGGUAUCGCCUUCUUGGUGUUGUCAGGGAAGCUGUUCGUCUGGCUUGGCUCGGUCGCGGAAGAGUGGGAGAAAUCUUGGCUCGCGGCCUUCAUUCUAUGGCUAUGUGUCUUUUUUGUCUCAUUCCCGCCGCUGGUGGGUUGGUCUACUUUUGGAACAGCGGCUGGUCUAAUCUUUGGUGUAUGGAAAGGAUGGCUUAUCUAUGCCUCCGCAACAAUUCUCGGAUCAACUGCCUCGUUUUAUGUUUCGCGGACAAUUUUGUCUGGAUUCGUCAAUCGUCUUAUGGAACGCGACAAGAGGUUUGCCGCACUAUCCCUGACACUGAAGUAUGAUGGACUCAAGCUCCUUUGUAUGAUUCGGUUAUGUCCACUGCCAUAUUCAAUUUGCAAUGGAGCUGUGUCCACCUUCCCCACAGUGCAGCCAUUGAUGUAUGGGCUUGCGACGACGGCGAUCAUCCCCCAAGUUGUUGGCGAGCAGAUGAGCGCGGGAUCGAAGGCCGUAAAUAUCUGCAGUAUUAUUGUUACAGUCAGUAUUGGAAUAUUUACCGGCUGGUACAUCUACCAAAGAACUUUGGCUCGCGCAAAGGAGCUCGAAGCCAAGGAGCGCGAAGAGAUUCGCAAUUCUCUUGAGGCUGAUCAUGCAGCCCAUCGCCCUCAUCACGCUUUCUCUGAGGAUCCCGAUGUGAACAAAGCGGCUACUACCCUUGCACUUGACGAGGAGGAACGCAUUGGAUUCACCGAUGAUGACAAUGUGGAUCUGGUCUUGGGUGACGACAGUGAUAGUGAUCAACCGGGUUGGAAGAACUCGAACAGGCGGUCAUACCAUGACGAGUUUACUGAUAAUGACUCGGAUGGAUUUGCAGAAGGAAAUGACGAGACCUAUGGUCUGCACACUCAUGUCCGAUCUGGCUGA